AUGGAAAAAUUAAAAAUUUUAUUAUGGAAUUGCAGAGGUAGUUCAAGCCCUCUCUCAAAUAAAAAAGCUGAAGAAACGAUCAAGAGAAUAGGUCCCCAAAUCACAUUACUUACAGAAACAAACGGUUCAACAUUCAAUCAUUAUAAAUCAAUGUUCAACUAUGAAAGGAUAGAUCAUGGAAACGGUAAAGGCACUGGUGUAUCAAUAGAGAAUAGAAAUUUAAGCACUGGCUAUCUAACAGUAAAUUUCAAAGAUACAGAAGGUAGAAUAUUAUCAGUUAAGUUCAAUUCGUAUAUCAACAUCAACAUCCUUUUAAUUUAUGCCCCAGCAUCAAUACCUAGAAGAAAUGCAUUCAUUAUAGCAGCAAAGAAUCUCAUUAAAGAUCAAAAAAUCAAACAUGACAUCAUUGCAGGUGACUUUAAUGCAGACCACAACAACAAUUCACACUAUGGUAUUGGUAUCAGAAGUAUAAUUGAAGAAAGCAACCUGAAAGAUAUAGGUGCAAACAACAAUAUCGCAACUUUUUCAAGAUCUAAUAGCAGAUUGGACAGAAUUUAUUGUAAACCAACAAUGGUGGGUUCAAACCCGCUAAGGGUGCAUGAAGAUAUUUACAACAAAUCUGACCACACACCUAUUUCAAUAGAUUUAAAAAUGAAUAACAAUAGCGCAAACGAUAUCAACAUCAACAACAUCAAAAUUGAAAAACUCCCGUGGACAUUAUGCAAAGAAACAUUGGCUGAUCCAACAAUUCAUGAAGAAAUCUCGCAAAUCAUAGAAAACAACAAACAAUACAUCAACACACUAGAUGACUGGAUCCACUUUAAGAAUUAUACAAUCAGGCACCAUCUCAAAAAGCAACAGAACUUGAUAAAAAAGGAAAAAAACAAAAAGAAGAGUAGAUUACAUAGAUUAAUUGAAAGAGAAGAUUUAUACCCUGGUCAAAGAAAGCAACUAGAAGACGAAAUGGAAGAGUUAUUGAAAGAAGAAGAAGCAAAUAAACAAUGGGAAACCAAAUUGAAACUUCACUUAAACCAAGAAACUCCAAGUAGAUAUCUAACAAGUAAACUAAAGAAAAGGAAAAAGGACAGAUCCAUAUUCCAAAUUAAAAACAAAGAUGGAACAAUUGUAUCAGAAAAAGUUGAAAUAGCCAAAUGCUUCUUAGAAUUCUAUCAAGAACAAUACGAUGAAAAACCAGAUAAUGAAAGUAAACACAAGGAACUAUUGGAUAAAUGGAUAGUGGACAAACAAUACAUUUCCAGACUAUCAUUAGAUAGUGCAAUCACACCAAAAGAAGUCAAUAAUGCAAUUAAAAAUUCUAAUCCACACAAAUCUCCAGGACUAGAUGGAAUCAAUGCUGCAUUAUAUAGAAACCACUCUGCAUCACUUUCAACAAUCUUAGCAAAAGUAUUUAAUGAUACAUUAACUAAUCAAAAAGAAAUCAAUCCAAAAUUCAAAGAAGGAUUUAUCACAACACUAUUCAAGAAAGGAGAUGAACUACAAAUAGCUAAUAGAAGACCAAUUACUCUACUCAAUACGGACUACAAACUAUUAAGUAAGAUCAUCAACAACCGUUUACUUGCAGUUACAAAGAAAAUAAUAAACAAAUUUCAAAAUGGGUUUGUUCCAAAUCGUUACAUCCAAGAUAAUAUUCAAAUAAUGAAGGAGGUAAUCGAAAGAGCAAACAAAUCAAGAAACAGUACUACGUUAAUCACAUUCUUCGAUUUCAACAAAGCUUUCGACUCAAUUAGCCACAAAAGUAUCAGAAGAACAUUGAGCCACAUUGGCAUACCAAAAACGAUAGUAGAAUUAAUAAUGAAUCUAUUAAAAGAAACAACGAAUAAGAUCAAGAUAAAUGACUUCCUGGUGGGACACAUUACAGUUAACAGAGGCACAAAACAAGGAGAUCCAUUAUCACCAACAAUAUUUGCACUUGUAAUGGAAGCACUACUAAUUGAUAUACUUAAAGAAAACGAAAUUAAAGGAUUUAAAUGA